CAUACAUGUAGUUAGCAUGGGUGGAAGGGAUGGACAGUGAGAACCCAGAGGCCAUUCCAGGAAACUGAGCUUUAUCUAUUUUUUGUAAUUCUAUCAAAUAUUUUUUUUACUUAUAUAUUUUCAGUAUUAUUAGCAUGUCACAUUUCACAAGGCAAAUAACUGACCUCAUGUACUAUUCAGCUUCAUUUCUUGUCAUACUUCCAAAAAUACCUUUUUUUUUACAGUGUUUCUCUAGGAUGGUGUUUGAGAAGAGCUCACCCCACGUUUUCCUUUAUGAAGGAAAAGUUAUGCUCCCUCAGAAUGAGACUCAGCACCCAACAUUCAACAGCUUUUCUUUUAUGCUGCAAAGCAUAUGUUGUGAAAUGUGGACAUCUUCUGCAAGCAACUGGCACGCCUAUAUCCCAGAAUCCUGGGAGAAUUAUACAGAAGUUUCAAGAGUUAAGGAAUUACUCCUCUCUUCAAUAACUAAAAGAAUAAAAUCUCCAUUUUUCUUCAUAAAAAUUGGAUUUGAUAUAUAUCUUUCUAUAUUAUGGGAUGCUUUAGUUUUGAAGAUUGGAUACUAUUGGGCCCAUGUCCAUGUGUGUAGUGAAGUAUAUAAAUCAAGAGAUAAUUAUUGGUCCAAAGAAGAAGUGUAUGUGAAGUGGGGGAGUAUGUCCUUUCCUCAACUAUCACCAUUCUUGAACUUUCUUGGUUCCAGUUUAGAUGGAUGUUUGAGCCCAGAAGUCAAUUUGCAAGCUGCAAGUACAUUUCGUUUGCAAAAGGAAGAGGCUAUUUUAUUAAUAAUCCAUAGCCAUUUAUCAUUCAGCUAUUAUCUGCCAAACACCAACCUGGUUUGCUUCCCAUCUUUAUCUUUAAUUCAAGGGGAUACAUAUUAUCCUUCUUCUGUAAAGGCUGUUAUUAACUGA